CCUGAAACCGUACCCGCGAACGCACAGUGGGGAAGCAUGCAUGCAUGGCCGAGCCGGCGCUGCGCUGACUUGGUUUUCUUCAGGCCGAACUAUACGACUUUCCACCGAGCCUGCUUACAUUUGCCUCGUUUCAUGCGACACAUCGAAGUAUCUCCGUCCAUGCUGAGGUUUUUAUAAACUCGUUUUAUGCCACGGCACAUUUGAAUGACUCCGGUCCGAGUAAGGAAAGAGCUGAUCCUAGUUAUCCAGCCGUGACAAUCCAGCGACAACGCCGAAGACACGGACACAGAUCCGAGGGAGGACGUCAAGGAAGACAAGGAACUGUCUGUAGCGCACAGGUUCUUUGGAGUUACUUAUUAUUCCAAAGUUCUAGAACAAUUGAACAGAUUUAUGCAUGGACUACCCUGUUAUUAUUACCUUUAAUAUCAGCAAUUAUAUAGCCGCGUAACCUAUAGUUGCAGAAACUAUUAGUGCGCAAAUAAGAGUUGUUCGGAGGAGAUCAUUAUUCCUCAUUGUGUUUAAAAGGCUAUUCAUGGUAGACCUACUGAAGGAUACCUUUUUUAAGGCUCUAAAUUCAUGUGUUUAAUAUUUGUGGCAUUCCACAUCUGCGUUUGAAGAGGAUGCGCUUGUUGCUAUGAAUACAUUAUACGAGCAUUGACUGAAAUAAUAUUUAUUUCAAACGGACCCUCAACUAAUAUUGCAGCAAUUUUUUUUAACCGAUUGCAAUUAUUUUGUAUUCCACAAAAAACUGAUUGUGCUUUUCUAAAACUGAAUGCAAAUACUGAACUUUUUCCAAAUGCCAAUUCAAGCUUCAGCACAAUAACUUCCUCGCGAAGUAAUCCAAUCAGUUCGUUAUAACCAGAGAGGAAUCAACUGAGAUAUAAGGCAAUUAUAAUUUAAAAGCCUUCAGAUGGGAAUAUCAUUUCAUUCUGUCUGUUCAUUCGAAUAAUUCUAUCGCGCGAGACGCUGCAUCGAGAGGGACUUUGGCGCAGGUGGAGAUGAUCCUGUUCGUUUCCCUGGUGUUAUGGAUGUGUGCAUAUGGCCAAGAGCCGGCGUCCAAGGUGGUGUCCGACCGCUAUGCCGUCUACUGGAACCGGACCAACCCCAGGUUCUACCGGGGUGACUACCACAUCGACGUGUGUAUAAAUGACUACCUGGACGUCUUCUGUCCCCACUACCUGGACUAUGUCCCUGAAGAGCGGAUGGAGCGCUAUGUCCUCUACAUGGUCAACUACGACGGCUACAGCUCCUGUGACCACACCGCCAAGGGCUUCAAACGCUGGGAGUGUAACAGGCCCCACUCCCCCAACGGACCCCUGAAGUUCUCCGAGAAGUUCCAGCUCUUCACCCCCUUCUCUCUGGGCUUCGAGUUCCGCUCCGGCAGAGAGUACUACUACAUCUCUUCCACCGUUGCUGACAAUGGAAGGAGAAGUUGCCUUCGACUGAAGGUGUUCGUCAGACCAGCAACAGACAAUUGUGUGAAAACUGUCAGUGUUCACGAUCGGGUCUUUGACGUCAAUGAGAGGGUGGACAAUUCCCUAGAACCAAGAGAUGAUACCAGUCACGAAUCAGCCGAGCCGUCCCGAGGUGACGUCAACUCGGUGGGCCGUGUUCAGACCACUGGCCUGCUGGUCACCUCUGCCCUGGUUCUCUGUGCAGCCAUCUUGUCUUUAUAGCGCCCAGCCUGAGGGUUUUAGACAGGGCGGACCUGACUGGACCAUACAACCCCCAAGGUGCACUUUUUAAAAGGCAGUCUGAGUGCCGGGGAGAGGUGGACUUCUAAGGGGGAAGACCUUUUUAUAAACUUUGCUUUGGGGAGUUAAGAUGCCAAAAGCCUUUUUGACUCUCAUUUUGUCAUUUUACUUUCCUGUAGAUGUUAAUAUUUGAAGGUCAUAGUAUCCCAGUGAAUUUGCUGUCACCAUCAUUUCUCUCUCUCUCUCUCUCUCUCUCUCUCUCUCUCUCACGUCUCACACACACACACACACACACACACACACACACACACACACACACACACACACACACACACACACACACACACACACACACACACACUCACACACACAAUCACUCUCUCUUCUGUGGUCCCACCAUAUCUUUUGCAAGAUGAAACAACAGAACAAGAACUACUAAAAAUAACUUUUUUUCAAGCCCCCAAAUGACUUUGAUUGAGAAUAUGAUGAAGUCUUACAGCGAAUAACUAUGAUCAUUUGAAGAUGGCUUGUGACUGAUCAGAUCAGCCAAUGGCAAUGAAGCAAAGGAAUACUGGCCAAUCAAAUGUGGCCAAGACAUACUGGCCAAUCAAAUGAGGACAAGGCACGCUGGUCAAUCAAUGGUGAAUCAAGGAUCCAGAGCCAUGGUUGUUGCUUGGAGAAGUCCUGUUGCCAAGGGGAGGGGGCUCUGUUAUUUUCUUGCCUUUGAAGAGUCCAUUAGAAGUUCAUGAGAUGGGGGUUGGAUUUGAUGGUUCAGAGACUGGGAGUGAACGAUCUUAGCUGAACCGGAAAAAAAGAAGCACUCAUGUUUAGCAAUUUGUGUCCUUUUAGGGGAAUUAGUGAUCAAUUCAUGUAUUUUUUAAAUGAAUCACAUAAUUCAAAUUUAGCAAGCAACACGGGUGUAUAUUUGCGAGGAGCCUGGGAGUUGAUAUGGUAUUUUGUCAGGCAAAUGUAUUUUCCUAUUUAUUGUUGAGUCCUUGUGCUCUUUCCCUUUUCUGAUUGUUCUGGUUCAGUCACUGUAACUAGUGCAGAGACAAGCCCAAAACAUCCCACCACUUAAAAGCACCAGUCUCUCUUUUUAUUUUGGAAAGGUGUAGUUAUAUUUCAUACACAUGUAAUAUCUGGGCUUGGACACAAAAUGGAAUUGGAUUGUUUUUAUCUAACAGAGUUCAGGGAAGAGGACAUAUUUGGAUGUUGUAUCAGGGUGUAAGAAUGUGUGUUAUAACUGUUUCUUCCCUGUAACAGUAAUCACAAACUGUAUGUGUCCUAACAAGUCAGCCCAUAUUACCAUCCACUACUUCUUUUCAACAUUGUCAUAACCUCUACAAAACUACAAUUAUGUACUGUACAUAAACAAAAAGUUCAGGGAUGACUCUAUAACUAGUACGAUUAGUUUCAAUUAUGUUCUUAGUAAUAUUCUUGAGUUUUUCCCCAAGCAAACAACAAAAACCUUCAUUGAUAUUGAUAGGUUAGCGACCAUUCAGUGAUGAUCAACCCACACGUUCCAACAGGUCCAACGUUUCUCCAAAAGUUGAAGGUAGGUUGUGGCAACGUUGGUUUCAUCUGUAGCAGCUGCAGCUCUAGUGUGAUUUAGCCGUGUCUUUGAUGUCGUGAGGAGCGGUGUCCAAGCAGACCACAUGCUGGGGGGCCAUGCGCUAGUUAUUUCUGGAAUGAGAAAAAUCGACCACCAGGAGGGAGAACGAGAGAUGAGAGAGAGUGAGGAAGAGAGGUGUCCUGUUCAGCCUCUGGAUAGGUUCACUAGCAGGGAGAGAGAGGUGUCCUGUUCAGCCUCUGGAUAGGUUCACUAGCAGGGAGAGAGAGGUGUCCUGUUCAGCCUCUGGAUAGGUUCACUAGCAGGGAGAGAGAGGUGUCCUGUUCAGCCUCUGGAUAGGUUCACUAGCAGGGAGAGAGAGGUGUCCUGUUCAGCCUCUGGAUAGGUUCACUAGCAGGGAGAGAGAGGUGUCCUGUUCAGCCUCUGGAUAGGUUCACUAGCAGGGAGAGAGAGGUGUCCUGUUCAGCCUCUGGAUAGGUUCACUAGCAGGGAGAGAGAGGUGUCCUGUUCAGCCUCUGGAUAGGUUCACUAGCAGGGAGAGAGAGGUGUCCUGUUCAGCCUCUGGAUAGGUUCACUAGCAGGGAGAGAGAGGUGUCCUGUUCAGCCUCUGGAUAGGUUCACUAGCAGGGAGAGAGAGGUGUCCUGUUCAGCCUCUGGAUAGGUUCACUAGCAGGGAGAGAGAGGUGUCCUGUUCAGCCUCUGGAUAGGUUCACUAGCAGGGAGAGAGAGGUGUCCUGUUCAGCCUCUGGAUAGGUUCACUAGCAGGGAGAGAGAGGUGUCCUGUUCAGCCUCUGGAUAGGUUCACUAGCAGGGAGAGAGAGGUGUCCUGUUCAGCCUCUGGAUAGGUUCACUAGCAGGGAGAGAGAGGUGUCCUGUUCAGCCUCUGGAUAGGUUCACUAGCAGGGAGAGAGAGGUGUCCUGUUCAGCCCAGAGGUAAUUUUUACCACCAGAGGACUGGAAUGAGUAAUGAGGAGAGAGAAAAGGCCAGCUGAGAUCAAUAGUGGGCUUCUCAAACACAGGAACACGGUAAAUAUUUCCCUCCACUGUCUGAUACACAGUCUAUUUAGUGUACUGACACCAACUCACAUCCUUUGUAAAGGGGAUGGACUAUCACUGAGAAAUACAUUAGCCUCUGCCUCUGUUGGCUGCAAGUGUGGGAUUCAGUUUGAACAAGUCUUUAAAUAAGAAAAGCUGAAAUUCAUUGUGACUGACAUCAUUCACUUCAGCCAGUCAAUGUUGGGAAACACGGAUCAGCUUGUCUCAUGGAUACUGUGUAUCCAGCUGUAGUCUCAUAUAACGUAGUGUUAGAGCAGUGGAUCUCACACCGCUUAGAAGGACAACGCAGUUAACAAAGACACAUUGUUAAUGCUGUUAGUGAGAGAAUCAAGUCAAUGUUGGAUAUGAAAAACUGUUGAUUACAUUUGUUUAAUAUCUUUUAGUAGGAGAAACAUGAUCAAUGUUACAGUCCAUAUCUUUUGUGUAAGGUUUUCACAUAUCAAUGUUAUAGUGUGUGUGUGGAGGUUGAAGUGCCCAAGUUAAGGGCUCUACUAUUGGAAGUGCACUAUAUCCAUCCAUGCUCAUCCAAGAACCAUACUGCACUCCCAUCGCCCUCCUCUUUUGACCAGAGCUUAGUAGUAUUUGCAUCUGAAAUGUGGUUUAGGCGCCUAAUGUUUUGAGUCCCUGUACAUGCUUAGUUUGUCUGUGGUCCCUCUUAAUCUUCACUACAAUGGUUUCAGAGGAAGCUUCAGUAGUCAGCAGCACCAUGUUGUUAUCUGAAUUCAGGAGAUUUUGUAAAGCUUGUCAAGUGUUGGUUUUCUGUCCAUAUCACAAUGUCAUGAAUCAGUUAACUUGUGUAAUUUUCCAUUCAAAAGUUGAUGUACAGUAUGAGAUGCAGUUGUGUUACAGGGUGAAUUGAGUCUUUUAGGAGGAGCUUUUCACCUGGCACCUGCUACUGUAGCCAUGUAGCCUGAACCUGACACCACUGUGCCCUCCUAUGUCCUCUGUCCCUGUCCUCUGUCCCUGUCCUCUGUCCCUGUUGUCUGUCCCUGUCCUCUGUCCCUGUCCUCUGUCCCUGUUGUCUGUCCCUGUUCUCUGUCCCUGUCCCCAGUGACUGUCUGUUAUCCCAGCCCUAUCGUCCUCACCUCCCCAGACUGUUGUAACUCCUCCCUCUCUCCCCGGUCCAACUCUCUUCACCAGAAUGUUCUGCAAAUGUACUGUAUUUCAUACGAAGGCCAUUAUUUGUAAAUACACAAUUGUGUUGGAGCAGCUAUGACUAACUACAAAAAAAGAUUUAAUAAAAGUUAUUUGUCAUUGUUGUAA